UGUCAAUUUAUAGGUAGACUCAUUUGUUUAAGCCGCUUGAUAAAAAAAAUGUCAAUGCAAUAUUUAUACAUCAGUGAGUGGAGGAGAAAAUGAUCAAAAACGCCACUUAUUCAAAAUGAUAAAUUACACGACGUGAUUAAACGAUUAAACCAAUAUUAUAGGAUAUUGAAAUCAAAUCCUUUAAAUUAGUAUGAUAUACAGGAAUGUUUAGACUUGGUAAAGAGUCGCCGUGUUACAUGCCCCCAUGCUACUGUUGCACUAACGAAUUAGUCAAAUUUGAUUUUAAAAUUUGAUCGUAUCACUUUUUAAGUAAUUGAGUUUGUAAAUUCCAGCUAUAUUUGAUCCAUAGUCUUACUUAAUUCGAGAUCAGGCUUAAACAAUAUUUGUAAUGAUCCACAAACAUAAAUCAUCCCUCUCCAAGUUUAGCACAUAGGAUUCAAACUCGGGUCCGGCCGGUAACAAUAAAACAUCAUUUUUCUAACUAUUUGAGCCAAUCGCAUUUUUGUAGACAUUUUUAUUUAGAAAAUGUUCCUACAAUCUCAUUAAACCAAAUGUGGAUUAGUUCAAAUAAGAAAUAAUUUCGUAGUACCUACCAGACUUAAUUCACGAAUCAAAAACUAAGCAGGUGAGGUAAAUUCUAAACAAUUGAAAGAUAAAAUAAAUUAAGGAAAAGUCGGAGUAUCUUUAACCGCCCUUCCACUAUUUAUCUUUUGUUUGUUUUUUGGAAAACAUGGACCGCACGUUGUCUCUCCAGCCCUAGAAAACUAGUUCAACAUUUCUCUGUUUCAUUCAUUUGCACCAACUCAAAAACAAAAACAAAAACAUAAAACAACUGGAAAAAGAAAAGUACAGAACAUAAAGUAGUUCUGUUUCAUUCGGUGGUGAAAGAACAGAGACAAGGGAGAGCGAAAGGACUAGUUUCUUGAUCUGUACGUCUCUUUUUGCUUUCUUCUCUUCCAUUUUGUGGAUUUCAUUUGCUUUGUUUUCCUUUAUAUAUAUACGAUCUGAGCCAAGAAAAAAAAAAAAGAGAGAAAUAAAAGAAAGUGUGGGGAGAGAGAUAAAUUGAGAGGAGUAAAUUGGGAAUGGUGCGGACAUUAGGACGUAAACUAAGCUGGCCAAGAUCUUUCAGUUUUAGAAAGAUGUUCGAUGGUCGGAACUCUGGACAUUCAUCAUUCUCUUCUCGUGGGGAUGGCAUGCAUACACCCGAGCACGAACUUGCCGUACAUGGAAUGGAUGCUGCACCAUCCACUCGUAGAGGCAAGCAAAGUAGGAGAUCAGACAUUGAAGUGAUGAAGGAAAGAUUCGCAAAACUGCUGCUUGGAGAGGACAUGUCAGGCGGUGGGGAUGGGGUGACCUCUGCGUUAGCUUUGUCAAACGCCAUCACCAAACUCGCUGAUUCAAUGUUUGGGGAGCAGAUGAAAUUGCAGCCUAUGUAUCCAGAGACAAAAGAGAUUUGGAGGAAAGAAAUGGAUUGGUUAUUAUCUGUGGUUGAUCACAUUGUCCAGUUUGUUCCUUCUAAACAAAUGGGCAAAAAUGGCCAAUUCACUGAGAUCAUGGUGACGAAACAAAGAGAUGAUUUGCUGACGAACAUUCCAGCUUUACGCAAACUUGACUCGGUUCUUCUCGAAACUUUGGACAACUUCAAGGAUCAGAAAGAGUUUUGGUAUGUGCCAAGAGAUAUUGAGGAUGCAGAUCACAAUGGAGAUUGGAGGAGGGAUGAGAACUGGUGGCUACCAGUUGUUAAAGUUCCAACAGAUGGUUUGUCUGAGGAAUCACGUAGAUGGUUGCAAAAUCAGAAAGAUUCUGUGGCACAAGUCCUUAAAGCCGCCACGGCCAUCAAUGCUCAUGUAUUGUCUGAAAUGCACAUUCCUGAAAACUACAUUGAUUCCCUUCCGAAGAAUGGGAAGACAAGUUUGGGCGAUUUUCUUUACAAGAGCAUAACAGAGGAAUGCUUUGAUCCUGACUACUUUGUUUCUUUCUUGGAUUUGUCAACGGAACACAAAGUACUUGAUCUAAAGAACAGGAUUGAAGCUUCCAUGGUGAUUUGGAAGAGGAAGAUGUGCCAGAAGGAGAAAGACGGGAAAUCGCAGUGGGGAUCAACCGUUAGCUUAGAGAAGAGAGAGCUUUUUGAGGUCCGAGCUGAGACCAUUUUGGUUAUGCUCAAACAGCAAUUCCCUGGAAUCCCACAAUCCUCACUUGAAGUCUCCAAGAUUAAAAACAACAAGGACAUUGGACAGGCGAUUUUGGAGAGCUAUUCGAGGGUAUUAGAAAGUCUGGCUUCGAAGAUAAUGUCGAGAAUAGAGCAUGUUCUUGAAGCUGAUCGGCUAGUUCAAAGACAAUUGAUGGGAGAGGUAGAGACAAGAUCAGAAAGCGAGGCAGAAUCAGAAUAUGAGGAAACCGAAAAGGUGGUUGCAGCAGAAACACCAAACUCGAGGAAACUAUCAGACUUCAUAGGGUGGAGAUUGUCAUCAGAUACUAAGAAGCAUAGUUCAAUGAGUGAUAUAGAAUUCUUCCACAAAGUUGAGCAAGAGAAGGAGAAGCCCAUGAUGAAGUCUCCAAGAGCUCUACCGAAGAAAUUUUCAUAUCUAGCAAAGUUAGAGAACAUGAGAAGCCCGAGUGACAGACACUGAUAGUGAAAAGAUCAGGUAAUAGAACAGGGCAUAGAAGAAGAAGGAAAAAAAAAACAAAGAGAGUGAGAAAGAGAGAGAAUAGAGAGGAGAUUAAAGUGUGUGAGAAUGUGUACAUAUAUAACAAUGCAGGCGAUGGUUGGUUUUAGGAUUUGGGACACGAGUCUUGGUGUUUGAGGACACUUGUGAUAGAGUGACCUGGUUGAUCAUGUUUGCUGCUUGUUUUGACUAUUGCUUCCUGUUGUUUUUUCUAAGAGGGAAGUGUGAGUAUGUGUGGACCGUUUUUUGAUAUUUUGGUUCUUUGGUGUUUUGCAUUGUAACGUCUAUAACAUUGUUUCCUAAUGGAUUUUGAAGCUCAUUUGUAUGA